ACAAACAGCUGUUUCCAGAUGUCAGCAUCACCGUUCAGUAUAGCAAACAUUGCAAAAACCUGUAGAUUAUACGUUGGCAAUGAAAAGAAAAAACCGAUUUAACCAUAAAAAUUCUGUUUUUCUUCGAAAAAGUUUAUGUACUUAUGUGAUUGCAUUUGCAAACGAAUCGAAAAUGCAUAGUGAAAGUGAAGAAAGUGAAAUUAUAUUGGAUUUCGAGGAAGAUUUUACAGAGGAACUGAACACUUUGCCUCAUGUUUUACGAUAUAUACAACGUUUGCUUUUUGUUAUUAAAAGGCAACAAAAAAAAAUUAAUAAACUACGAAAGAAACUCAACGAACAGAAGAAUAAAAAUUUUCUUCAUAUUAGAACGUACAUAGAUUAUGGAACUCAGACAGAUACUGUUAAUCACGACCAAACAUCACACGAUUGGAAUAUGAGUGAUGAUAAGUCAUCCAGUAUAGCGGAUCAAGUGAAAGAAGUAGCAGAAUCAGCUUUGUUACAGACCGGAUUUGUUUAUGAGGCAACAUCAGGAAUGUAUUAUGAUUAUAAUACUGGAUAUUAUUAUGAUACGAAACAAGGUCUAUAUUAUGAUGGAAAUACUGGAACAUAUUAUUAUUAUGAUAAAACUAGUAACACAUAUCAACCCCAUAGUCAAGUACAAACCUGUACUGAAGAUGGUGCACAAGUUUCUCAAAAGAAAGAAGACCAACAAAUUCAAACAAAUAAGGAUGACGUAAAAAAACGAAAAUUGGCAAAUGAAGAUGAAAAUUUUGGAGGUGAUGAGCCUGAGGAAGGUGAAUGUUCAAACAGUGAAAGUGAUGAUAUUACAACUAAUAUACAUGACAUAUCUACUGAUAGCGAAAGCGACCAUGAAAAUGAACAAGAUUUAGCAAAAAGUUAUCCUCCAUGUAUGAGAAUUAUUGUCAAAGAAACUGAUAUGGCACAAUUAAAAGUAGGCUCUCUUUUCCUUGUCACAUGCACAGGAGGUUCAUUGGGUCGAGAAGGAGAUCACUCAGUACUGAUACCUGACAUAAAUAUUAGCAAGUUCCAUGCUCGCUUUAUAUACGAUGAAAAUAAAAAACAGUAUCAAGUGGUUGAUACUGGUUCGAGAAACGGUACAAUUUUAAAUGGCAAAAGAUUGUCAAUAGCUAAACAAGAAUCUGAACCUUAUGAUAUUACACAUGGCUCGAUUAUAAAAAUUAGCGGAACGAAAUUGCUAUGCCACAUUCACAAAGGAAAUGAAACAUGUGGUCAUUGCGAACCAGGUCUUGUUCAACAAACCAUCAACUUAGAAGAAAAUACAACUUCAAAGAGGGAACUUCAUAAGGAAGAGUUACGACGUUUGAAACAUAAAUUCGGAAUUGAAAAGGACAGUGUUACGUCUAACAGUCAACUCGCGUCGGGUUAUCAAGAUAGAGCACAAGCCAGAAGACAAAAUGUAGGUUCCUCGCAUCACCGCGCUAAGACAGAACAAAGUUCUGUUGACACGGCAAUUUCUAAGGCUAAUAAGGGAUUUCAAUUACUUUCAAAAAUGGGUUGGGCCGAAGGUUCUUCUUUAGGAAAAGACGGAGAUGGAAUGUUGGAGCCUCUACCGAUCACGUCCAAUCACAGCAAGAGUGGUCUUGGCAACGAGUUCGAAGCAGAUCUUUCUAACAUCACGGUGGAUCCGAGAUUGGAGAAGAAGCAAGCAAUGUGGCAAAAAGCUCGGAAACGUUACAAAGCGAUAGCAGAUUGAUCUAUAGCACAUAUAAGUUAUUUAAUUUCUUUUUUUUUUUACAGAUACAUGUGUUGACGUCUUAUCGAAUUUUUAUUAACCGAAUUGCACGUUGUUACAUUAUAAAGAUCUCUAGUCGUGUACUUCGAAAUCAUAAAUUAUUGUUUUUUUUUCUUUUUACACUUGUGAUAUAAUAACGUUUUUCUUAAAACGCUAAGGUAAUCAUGCAGAAAUUAUUUUGAUAUUUGCCAUGUAAAUAUACGAGAUUAAGAACGCAUUUAUAUAUACAAAUGUGUUUAAUAAUAAAUGUUAACGCUUAACAGUCGGCGAAA